AUGGCGGGCCGCGGCCGCCGCGCCUGGCUCAGCGUCCUGCUGGGGCUGGUGCUGGGCUUCGUGCUCGCAUCGCGCCUCGUCCUGCCCCGCGCCUCCGAGCUGGCGGCGGCGGCGCGGCCCCACCGAGCCCGCCCGCAGGGCUGCCGCCCGCCGCCCGCCGCCGCCGCCGCCGCCCCGCCGCGCCGCCCCGGCCCGCCGGCACAGAGCUUCCUCUUCGUGGGGGUCAUGACGGCGCAGAAGUACCUGCGGAGCCGCGCAGUGGCCGCGCACCGAACGUGGUCCAAAACCAUUCCUGGCAAGGUCGAAUUCUUCUCCAGCGAGGGUUCGGACACCUCUAUCCCCAUCCCCAUCGUGCCACUUCCAGGUGUAGAUGACUCCUACCCACCCCAGAAGAAAUCCUUCAUGAUGCUCAAAUACAUGCAUGACCACUACUUGGACAAAUACGAAUGGUUUAUGAGGGCUGAUGACGACGUUUACAUCAAAGGGGACAAACUGGAGAACUUCCUCAGGAGCCUGAACAGCAGCGAGCCGCUGUUCCUGGGGCAGACCGGCCUCGGCACCACGGAGGAGAUGGGGAAGCUGGCGCUGGAGCCGGGUGAGAACUUCUGCAUGGGGGGGCCAGGAGUGAUCAUGAGCCGGGAGGUGCUGCGGAGGAUGGUGCCCCACAUCGGCGAGUGCCUGCGGGAGAUGUACACCACCCACGAGGACGUGGAGGUGGGACGGUGCGUGAGGAGGUUCGCAGGGGUGCAGUGUGUCUGGUCCUACGAGAUGCAGCAGCUGUUCUACGAGAAUUACGAGAAGAACAAAAAAGGCUACAUCCGAGACCUGAGGAACAGCAAAAUCCACCGAGCCAUAACGCUGCACCCCAACAAGAACCCCCCGUACCAGUACAGGCUGCACAGCUACAUGCUGAGCCGCAAGAUCGCCGAGCUGCGCCACCGCACCGUGCAGCUGCACCGCGAGAUCGUGCUCAUGAGCAAGUACAGCAACACCGAAAUCCACAAGGAGGACCUGCAGCUGGGGAUGCCCCCCUCCUUCAUGCGGUUCCAGCCCCACCACCGGGAGGAGAUCCUGGAGUGGGAGUUUCUCACAGGAAAAUAUUUGUAUUCGGGUGCCGACGGGCAGCCGCCUCGGAGAGGGAUGGACUCGUCCCAGCGCGAGGCGUUGGAUGACAUCGUGAUGCAGGUCAUGGAAAUGAUCAAUGCCAAUGCCAAGACACGGGGGAGAAUCAUUGAUUUCAAGGAAAUACAGUAUGGGUACCGCAGGGUGAACCCCAUGUACGGAGCAGAGUAUGUGCUGGACCUGCUGCUCCUCUACAAGAAGCACAAGGGGAAGAAGAUGACGGUCCCCGUGAGAAGGCAUGCAUACCUGCAGCAGACCUUCAGCAAGAUCCAGUUCAUGGAGCACGAAGAGAUGGACGCCAAAGAGCUGGCCAGCAAAAUCAACCAGGAUUCUGGGUCCUUGUCCUUCCUCUCCAACUCGCUGAAGAUGUUUGUCCCCUUCCAGCUCGGCAGGUCCAAAGCAGAGAGAAAGGAGCUCAAAGACAAGAAGAUCAACAUCCUGAUCCCUCUCUCUGGAAGGUUCGACAUGUUUGCAAGGUUCAUGGGGAAUUUUGAAAAGACGUGCCUCAUUCCAAACCAGAACGUCAAGCUGGUUGUCCUGCUUUUCAAUUCCAACUCCAACCCUGACAAGGCCAAGCAGAUUGAGCUGAUGAGAGAUUACCGCUCCAAAUACCCCAAGGCUGACAUGCAGGUUCUGCCGGUGUCGGGGGAGUUCUCAAGGGCACUGGCUCUGGAAGUUGGAUCUUCUCAGUUCCAGAAUGAGUCUUUACUUUUCUUCUGUGAUGUUGACUUAGUGUUUACCACAGAAUUCCUCCAGCGGUGUAGAGCCAAUACAGUUUUGGGUCAGCAAGUGUAUUUUCCCAUCAUUUUUAGCCAGUAUGAUCCAAAGAUUGUUUAUAGUGGAAAGGUUCCUAGUGACAAUCAUUUUGCCUUCACUCAGAAAACAGGUUUCUGGAGGAACUAUGGCUUUGGUAUCACCUGUAUUUACAAAGGUGACCUUCUUCGAGCGGGUGGCUUUGAUGUCUCCAUCCAAGGUUGGGGCCUUGAAGAUGUAGAUCUGUUUAACAAAGUCAUUCAAGCUGGCUUAAAAACUUUCAGAAGCCAAGAAAUUGGAGUAGUCCAUGUGCAUCACCCUGUUUUUUGUGACCCUAAUCUUGAUCCAAAACAAUAUAAAAUGUGCUUGGGGUCCAAAGCUUCAACUUAUGGGUCCACACAACAGCUGGCUGAAAUAUGGUUUGAAAAAAAUGACCCAAAUUUUGGGAAAAGCAGCAAUACUAAUGGCUCAGUGAGGACAGCCUAA